CUCUCUCUCUUUUCUCGUGGCGCAAGAUGGCGGCGCCGGGCGCUUCUCCUCAGGCGGCCGCAUCUUCUUCCUCCUCCUCCUCCUUCCUGGGCUUCAGCGCCAACUCACGUGACCCCAGCCAGCUCCCCUCGCGGCGGGUGGGCGGCCGGGGCGCCCGGAACCGCAAGAAGGGCUGGAAGCGCUGGCGGGGCCCCGAGGCCAAGCUGGGCCGGGACCUCGGGGACUGGCUGGAGGAGCGGGUCUCGGAGCUGCGGCACUUGGGAGGACCAGUGUCGGAAAAGCCAGAUGAAAGCCUCUUCUUUGUAGAUACCAGCAACGAACAACAAGGUCAGAAAGAGCAAGCAGCCAAAGAGAAACCUCUGAAGAUCGACUUGAUCCUACAGCCGGAUUCCAAGGUCCCUCCGCCCAAAGACAUCCUUUCUUAUCAGGUCCCCAACGGCCGGAAGUUGAAGCGGAAACAGCGACUCUGGGAGAAGCUGGCAGAAAAGGGGUUGGUGCCCCGGAAAGAACGGCUCCUUCAGCAAAGGUUACAAAACCCUCCCAAAGCCAACACAGCCGGAGCAGACAGCGGGACGGAUCCCUCUAGGGAGUUCUAUGACAUUUGGGCAGAUUCAAGGGCUGGGAAGACGCGGCCCUUGGCUUGCAAGUCCCUUGAAGGAAACCCCCCCCGCCCCCCCCCCCCCCCCCCCCCCCCCGCUGUUGCUUCUCUCCUGGCACAGAAAGCCCGCGAGCUCUCCGAGAAGGCCGCCCGGCUCAGGAAACAGGAGAUCUUUCAGCUGAAAUCCAUCCGGCUGCAGCUGAAGCAGCGGGAGGCCGAGCUGCAACGCCGGAAGCAGCGGCGCGAAGCCGAGCGCAAACUGGAGGCCGUCAAGCCCAAGCGGCUGGGCAGGCUCAAGUACGAAGAACCCGAUGUGGACGUGCAGCUGAGCAGUGAACUGGCGGAGUCCUUGAGGACGCUAAGGCCGGAAGGCAGCAUCCUGAAGGACCGCUUCAAGAGCUUACAGAAGCGCAACAUUAUCGAACCCCGAGAGCGGGCCAAGUUCAAAAGGAAAUACCGACUGAAAUACGUCGAAAAGCGAGCUUUCCGGGAAAUCACGUAA